ACAACUAGUUUGCAAACCAACACCACCGCCGUUCAUAUUUCGUGAUCCAACGUCCGACAAACUAUCGCGCGUUGCGAGUUCGAGCGAGUCGACGUUGGACAUUCGUCGGGAGCAAUUUCAUUCCACUCUAACGAGCAAGACAACGUGACUUAGCGCUGAACUGAAAGACGAAACGUUGGUCAAGAGAAAAAAAAAAAAAAAAAGAAAAAAAAAAAAAAAGAAAAACAACGAAAGAGUAUCUAUAACCCGGAACGGAUUGUAUAGCCACCGAGUUUUCUCCCCGUAUUUUCCGAGCGGGGCUUCGACCAUUCGGCUAAUUUGCCGAGCAACGGGCAACAACACUGGCUUCUGUGUUCACCGUGACCGUCCUCGCUCGCUCGUGGUCGUCGUGGUCGUCGUCGUGGUGAUCGUUCGCCGCGUCUCGCGCUUCUAUCCACGCCAGUCUCGAAUCGUAACGCGGUGGUACCGCACGCGCUGCUGCUCGCCGCCUCGGGAUCGCCUCCUGGUCCACGGAAACGUCACCCCGGCUUGGGUGUACGUCGUCGGUGUUCUCUGUCGGCGACAGCCAACGACAGUUUCGCUUUCUUUCUUACAUUUUUUCUUUUUUUUUUUUUUCUUCUUCUUCUUUCGUUUCUUCUCUUUUGUUUUUUUUUCUUUUUUUUUUUUGUUUUUUGGUUUGUUUGUUUGGCAGUUUGUCGUGGGUGCGUGCAAUUUCCCCGGCAGAGUGUGUGUGCGUGUCGAUCGAUCCUCGAUCCUCUGUUCGUCGGCGGCCUCCCCCCUUGCCACCCCCAACGUGUGUGUUUCUCUGGUUUCUCCUUUCUUUCUCUCUGGCUUCGUGGUGCGACGAACGUGUGCGUGUGCCAGUGGCGAACGACGCGACGCGACGCGACAUCGUGCUUUUUUCGUAAUUUUCGUAAUUACGCGGUGUGGUCUGGUUCCCUCAGAGUGGUGGUGAGAAGAAGCGGCGGGAUACAAGGAACGCGGGAAGAAAAAAGAAGAAGAAGAAGAAGAAGAAGAAGAAGAAGAAGAAGAAGAAGAAGAAGAGAGGUGAUAGCAGUGGUGUGAUAUUUCGCGUGAUUGCGACCCUUGGCGACUCCGGAAGGAUACGUUCUCCUACGGCGAGAGAGAAAGAAGAAGGAGGAGGAAGAGGAGCCCGAGAAAGAGAGAGAAAGAGAGAGAGAGAGAAACCCGUUAAGGCGGUACGAGUAACGUGUCGGUGGAAGUUCUUGCGAUUGAUAGGGGGACUGAGAGAAAGAGAAAAAGAGAGAGAGAGAGAGAGAGAGAAAGGGAGAGAGCGAGGUCUCUGAAGGUAAUCGGUAGCAUCAACCUGCGGUGCAACCUCGACAAAACCGAUCCGUGGCGAGCAACGAUCCCUUUCGCCUUCGCUUCGUCGUUCGUCUUCUUCACCGGGCGACGAGCGGCCACCUUGCGCGUAGAUCACACGAUCGUUGGACCAGGUCGCCUCGAUGCUACCUCGUAAACCAAUCCCGUGGUUCCCGAUCUUCGCCAACAAGCCGUUCUGACUGCGCGCGUCGACGAGAGAAGGCCGAGCAGAAGGCCGGGAUCGCGGACAGAGAGACUAAGCCAAAGGAGGCGACAGUGUCGUCGGGCGCGUUGGCCGCAAUAAUGCGAGAGCAUCGCCGAGAACGCGGCGCGUGGACGACAACGGCGGGCCAACAGUUGAUCAUCUUUGAUCCGCGCCCGGUGGCGAGACCAGCGCCGCGAGGAUGAGGUGCGUUCCCAUUCGGGUGGAACUGAAUCUCCUGCGUGAUCCCUGCGUGAUACUUUCUUACUACCAUCGCUGCUGUGUGCGAGUCGCGCGCCGAGACACAGCGUCCGUCUCAAUCUCGCGGAGAAACGGCGAUAGAGAGGAGGAAGGUAAGGGAAAGGGAAAGAGGAAGAGGAAGCCGAGAUAAUCAAAGGAAAGCGGUGGGAAGAGGAAGAGGAAGAGGAGUGUGGAUGAGACCGUCAUGCCCGCUGAGAUCGACACGGGCGGGCCAACGGUGCUGCACUGUGAUUACCGUGCCGACUGCCCGAUACCGAUCGUAACGUCGUCAGUCGUUGAGAGAGUUGCCACGUUGACGACGAUCGUCAACGCACGCCACGGAGGAGUAUCGCGGAUCGACGGUGAUCGACGAGUAUCUUUGCCCCGUGCCCCCGGAUUUCGCGUCACCGGCUGUCACGACGCGUCGACGCUUGCGACCGAACGACGAUCGACGAUAACAGAGACGAGGAAGAUCGUCUCUUGGCGCCGAUCAAAGGACAGACGAGACGAAGACGAAGAAGAAGAAGAAGAAGAAGAAGAGGAGGAGGAGGAAGAGGAGAGUAGCUGCUCGCGCGCGAAUCGUCCGUGGACGAGCGGUGGAAUCUGGCCGCGGUAUGGGAUCGCGCGUCGUGUCCGAAUAGGGAAGUCAACGCGGUUCUCUAGUCAGCCGGGCGAUACCGAUCGGAGGUGCGAGGAGGAGCUGGUCGUCACGAGCUUGGCCCCGUCCUUGGCCGAGGAAGGAAGAAGAAGAACCACCGGCAAGGAAGUGGAGUACGCGAGCGCGGUUCGUAGUGGCGAGUCGCGCGUCGCCAAGGUCGCGGCGGCGAGCUGCACCGAUCGCUGCCGGCGGCCCGACUCUCUUUCGUUCGAGCGCCGCGAGUCCUUGACGAGGAAGCAGAGGAGAAGACGCGCGUGCACGGCCACCGUUCUCGGCGUUCGACGUUCCACGUACGUUCAGUUGGCGUUGCUGCUGUUCCUCGUCGCGUUCGGUCAGUGCGGGCUACGCAAGUCGCCGAGUGCGGGCUUCGCUAACGGUCAUCGCUGCUGCACGCGGCCGAGCACCGCCGUCGGUUUGAGCGUGUUGGCGAUCGGGACGGUUAUCAGUGCAGUGAGUGCAGCGCCGGUCGAUCUCACCGGCGACGCCGGCGUCAGGGCGGAACGAUCGGCCAAUUUGUCGCACAUCACCGGCGCCUCGAGAAAGAUCCAGAUGUACAUCAAGAACCGGCACCUGCAGAUCCUGCCGGACGGCACGGUCAACGGCUCCAACGACGACACUUCCGAUUACAGCGUACAAUCAGCUCCCGAAGUGGGUCCCACAAGUUACGAAACACUCUGUAUUUCUGCCGGUGAUUAUGAAAGUGGCCUGAGUCGUAUAUUUCUCGUUUCAAGAUAUUUAAAGGUAAUACUGUGGUCUUGUAAGAUAAGAAUUUUCAUCCCUAGAAUAAUUAUUAUGGCCAAUAAAAAUCGGCAACAACUUUUCCGAGUGCCUGAUAGUAAAAUAAUGAAUUAUUUUUGCACAAAUAACAAACUCAGAAGAGAUAGCAACUGA